GAGAUUUGUGAGCGACCAUCUUGCUCCCGCCCCUGACGGAGUGUCUUGUUGGGGUCACUGGGACGCAGACCGUACUGCGCGGACCCUUUUGACCAUGCUGUCCCGGGUGGUUUUUUCUGCGGCCGCUGCAGCGGCCCCCUGUCUGAAGAACGCAGCCCUUCUCGGUCCAGGGGUAUUGCAGGCAACAAGGAUCUUCCACACAGGGCAGCCAAGUCUUGCCCCUGUACCACCUCUUCCUGAGCAUGGAGGAAAAGUUCGUUUGGGCCUGAUUCCUGAAGAAUUCUUUCAGUUCCUUUAUCCCAAAACUGGCGUAACAGGACCGUAUGUGCUUGGAACUGGACUUAUCCUGUAUUUUCUGUCCAAAGAAAUAUAUGUGAUUACUGCGGAGACCUUCUCUGCCAUAUCAACAAUAGGGUUGCUUAUCUAUAUAGCUAAAAAAUACGGUGCCUCUAUUGGAGAAUUUGCUGAUAAACUCAAUGAGCAAAAAAUUGCCCAGCUAGAAGAGGCGAAACAGGCUUCCAUCAAACAGAUCCAGGAUGCGAUUGAUAUGGAGAAGUCACAGCAGGCACUGGUUGACAAGCGCCAUUACCUUUUUGAUGUCCAGAGGAAUAACAUUGCUAUGGCACUGGAGCUUACUUACCGGGAGCGGCUGCACAAGGUAUACAGGGAGGUGAAGAAUCGCCUGGACUAUCACAUCUCUGUGCAGAACAUGAUGCGUCGAAAGGAACAAGAGCACAUGAUAAACUGGGUGGAGAAGCAUGUGGUGCAGAGCAUCUCUGCACAGCAGGAAAAGGAGACAAUCGCCAAGUGCAUUGCAGAUCUAAAGCUGCUUGCAAAGAAGGCUCAAGCACAGCCAGUUCUGUAAAUGCAUCUAUCCCAGUGGUGACAGCUAGAAGCAAUUGACUGAAGAAAUUAGUCCAUGUGACACAAUCGUUCUGUAUUGCUGUCUACUGAAGUUACACUUCACCUUCCCUAAAAAUGAAAAGUUUGUUUCUUACAGUGAGAGAAUUAAAACAAUCUGUUGGUGAA